AAAAACAUCAACAAAGAGAGAAAGCAAGCCAUUAUUAGAGAGAAGAGAUUUAUCCAAAAACUUUUUGCAAUUAUUCUUGGAGUUAAUAAUGCCAGUCCCUCUUGCACCAUAUCCAACACCUCCGGCACCGGGACUUGCCCCGUCGUACACUCCUCCUCCGGCUAAUGGAAGUACAAGUGGGCAGAGCCAGUUAGUGUGUUCAGGUUGCAGAAACCUUCUGAUGUACCCAGUCGGAGCAACCUCCGUCUGUUGCGCCGUCUGUAACGCCGUCACCGCCGUUCCUCCGCCGGGAACGGAGAUGGCACAGUUGGUAUGUGGAGGAUGUCAUACACUUCUAAUGUACAUUCGUGGAGCUACAAGUGUUCAAUGUUCAUGUUGUCACACUGUUAAUCUUGCCCUCGAAGCGAACCAAGUAGCGCAUGUGAAUUGCGGAAACUGCAAGAUGCUACUAAUGUACCAAUAUGGAGCAAGAUCAGUGAAAUGUGCCGUUUGUAACUUUAUCACCACUGUUGGGGGUUCAACGAGCACGACUGAUUUGAAGUUUAACAAUUAAAACAAUUGGGUCUACCUAUCAAUAUAUUGAGUUAUGAGCA